AUGAUGGGAAUGGUUGAUGGACAUUUCCAUACUUUUGGGGAAAUGCUUGGUACCAUUUUGAUACAAGGAGGACCAAUCCAGGAUGCUGAUUAUCCAGAACGUCUCAUGGAAGAUGAAUCAGUGAUGAAUGUAUUGGAAGCUGCUGGGAUUUGUCAGCUUGAGAGAAUUUUAUGUCACAGAUUUGGUAAGCCACCAAAGAUAUCUGCCGAAAUCCUCAUUGAAAUAGUGGAUGUCAGCACAUUUAGAAGAUCUGGCAGUAAUGCCAGGCAUAAUUCAGAGGAUGUUGAUCAAAAUUUUGAAAGUUUUGUGCAUGAUUGUGAAGAUGGAACGUGUACCUAUGAUGGAGGUGUUGUUAAAGUGGAUGAUGUUCUUAGAUUUAUAACUGGUUGCAGCACAGUACCUCCAGGAGGAUUUGAUGCUCGCUUCUCAAUUGGUUUUACUGAAGAAAGAAAAUAUCCUACAGUUUCAACAUGUACAUUUGAAGUUGUUCUACCACUUCAUUUAAAGAAUUACAAUACCUUUAAGGACAUAAUGAUUGAAUCUAUUGUUUCAGGACCUGGCUUUGGUCAAAUUUAACCUCUUAGU